CCCAUGUCCCGUGUUGGUGUGUGAUCGCGCGUGUGGGUGGUAGAUACAUAUAGUAGACUCUAGAUUAGACUUUCCGUGUACCAUUCAUUACAACAGCUACUUAGGCUUUAUCGCUAUUCGCGAUUCGCUAAGUGCAACUCAAAACUAUAAGUUAAGAGUAUAGUACAUCGUACGUUACCUCUCGUCUUAUCGGCCUAGUCUCAAUUUCAUAUCAAAUAAGAUACAAGAGAUCUCGUGGUCGUUGACUGUCGUUGAAUGCCAAACGUCGCGCAAUCAAGUAUAAUUAAGUAUCAUCCAAUUGUCUGUGUUCAGUACCUGUAUUCUACAGCAACUCCUUCUCCUCGUCCUCGGAGAAGAGGAAAAACAUCCUUCUAGGUAGAUCUGGGCUGCGUGGCUCGCCACACGACGAGCCGAUCGGCAUCCCGUGGCCUCCGCUGUGGAUCUUGACGUCUUGUCCCCGACCCGCUUGCAACACGAAGCUCAAAAUGCCCAUGAGCAAUCAUACACCUCUGGAAGACAUGUCAGCUGGUCGAGGGCAAGGUGGCGGAGGGCCUCCACAAAACUGUUUAAAAGUCUUUAUCCAGCGAGAUUAUAGUGAGGGCACUAUGGUUAAGUUUCAAACCAGAUUUCCUGCCGAACUGGGAGAUAGAUUGGACCGGCAAUCUUUUGAAUACACAAUCAACCAGUUGAACAACAUAUUCGCAGAGGCAGAGGAAGCCACCUGUUCGACCUAUUGCUACGGCUGUAUGGCUUGCCUCACGGGCUACCUCAUAUACAUGUGCAUGGAAACGCAGUACGAGAAAAGUUUGCGCAAGGUCGCUAAGUUCGUGAGUGAACAAAACGAAAGAAUUUAUAGGCCACGCGGGUUACUCCUGACUGAUCCGACGACCCGCGGCCUCAGAUUAAUAGAGAUCUCGGUGCUUGACAGGCCCGCGUCGUGACUGCAUGUUAGCCGAUCCACCGAGAUCUUCAUGUGACCUUAGUGUGUCUGCCGUUUUUUAAGAAAAUGCUGAAAGAAAAAAUCCACACGUUUGUGCUUAUGGCCGCGUGAUGAUGUCCCGCAAACUGCCACGCAAAUUCUUCUUCCUCUUGGCCGGCGAGACACACCACUUUAAGCGUCGUGAUGAAAAAAAAUGUUGAUCUUUGUUCAAAGUGCGAAGUUUCAUCAUAAGUGUGAGCAUACCGAACCAAAUUUAGUUGAAAUGCGCUGAUGCUUUUGUUUCGUUAUUCAUACAGCAAGCGUGGUGGCUGCAUCAUUUAAAUGUAUGCGUGUAAUGUUUAUGCCGAAUUAUAUAUAUAAAAAAAGUUAUUACACUAAUACAACCAAAGAAUAACGUCUAUAAGUACUUUUUGUAAAACAAUCAUUUUGUAUAAAGAUUGAAAUUUGAGAAAUGUAACGUAAUUAUCGUAUACUUUGAGUGAUCUAUACUUUUAUAUGUGGAAUUGUUUUUAUGAAAUCAAUCAUGACUAUUCCUUAAAAUCAAGAACUGUAAAAUUGCAGCUGUUGUAGCCACCACGUUAGGGUGACGGAUAAUCCUACAGUUCACGGUGAUCCAACAAUGAUAUCACGUACUUGAAUAGCGAUUCUUCCAAACAUCUGACUUUAAUGACUUUUGUAUCAAAUCUGCCCAAAAUUUAAGUGCAAUACGGUACUAAAUUUUUAAAGCAUUCUUGCCUCAAAUUUUUUUCCUUUAUUUUCGUUAACUGUAUAAUUGAAUUUUUUUGCUUUUUACAUCAUAGUUGCAAAAAAGAGUGUAUUUUUACUAUGCAUUUACGACAGCACGUAUGUUAGUAUGUAUUGAUUUAAGCUUCAAAAAAUAUUAUCAAUGUGUAUAUUGCAUUUUAUUUUAUUUUUAUACAAGUGUGAGUAAUAUAAUUAUUCUAGAUAAAAGUCUGUACAAUUCUUCCGAAAUUUUAUCUUCCGUCGCUCUUAUUUUUUUUAUAAUCGUGGUGAAAGAGAUGGUGAUGGUGCGAUAAUAGUAUCGUUUUUAAUGUAUCCGAAAGUAAUCUGGAGGAAUUGUUUCACUAACAAGGAAUUAGGUAAUAUAUGUGUUUGAAAUAAUCAACUUUUAUUAAGACUAAUUUUUUUUGUACAUCUAGCUUAAAGAUCCAUGAAUUGACUACAAAAUUGGGCUUUAACAAAGAAGAGAGUGAAUAACGAAGGGCAACUUAUUUUAUGAAAAUCCAAAAAUAUUGAGCAUUCUUGAAACCCUUUAAUCAACUUUAUUGUAAUAUCAAGAAUUCUAAUUUAGAUUGCUAAUUUCAUUUUCUGUAUCCGAAAAAUACAUGAAAAUGGGUCAGUAUGUUAUGUAUCAUGAAAUAAUGUUAUUA